CUUUUUCUUUCUUUCUGGAGAUUCUCUCCCUUAUUGGGGCAUACGAGAUGGAUUUACAAAGGAUCUCGAACAGGGCGUUUUUUUUGUUCAUUCUAAGUAAACGAUCUUUCCCUCCCAAUCAAAACGUAAUAAUUUGUCAGUCAGUCGUAUAUCUUUGCAUGUCGUUCAGCUUGUUAUUUGAUCUCAUACGACUUAUCGCUUUCUCUUUUAUUCAUUUAAACUAUGGAUUUUAGUGUGUAAAUUAGAUAGAAUAUCAUAUAAGGCAUACAUGUCAUGUUCUAUGUUGAAUAAA